UGUUACCUCUUGUCACCAGCCCCCGCUCUCACCCUCGCCAUGUGACAUCAGUGACGAUGAACUGGUCAGCAUUAGUGUCAGGGAUCUCAAUCGGCAAUUAAAGCUGCGAGGUCUCAGCAGAGAAGACAUAAUUAAGAUGAAACAGCGCAGAAGAACACUAAAGAACCGAGGUUAUGCUGCAAGUUGCCGCAUCAAGAGAAUAGAGCAGAAGGAUGAGUUAGAGUCAGAACGCACCACAGAGCAAGUUGAUAUUGAUAAACUCGUUUCUGAAAAUGUCAGCAUGAGAUCCGAAAUUGACCGAUUGUUCCAGAAUUAUGAAGCCUUGAAGAAAUUUGCCAACCUUAAGAAACAUACCUCUACCUCCUGAUCUAGAGACCCUUUAAUUGUUGCAAAAGCAAGUGUGUUAAUAGUCAUAUAUAUAUAUAUUUUUCAUGCAUUCCAAUUGUAAUGCAAAAAGAGUUCUUAAAUGCCUUAAUCAGUGGUUCAAAAUAAGAGAUUUAUAGACGGUUAUCAGGGCUGAUUCCUUGUUAACACAGUUGUUUCAGGACUAACUUAGCUAUUAAGUAAAUGGGGAUCUAGUUUUUAUGAUAGCUU